AUGGCAUUCGAGCUUAUAAAAUAUUGGGCGGUGUUGAUUAUAUUGUUGUUUUCUAGCUUGUCAAAUUGGGUUAGUGGAGAACCGCAAGUUCCAUGUUAUUUCGUUUUUGGGGAUUCCUUAGUCGAUCAUGGCAAUAAUAAUGCCCUUCUCACAUUAGCUAAAGCCAAUUACCCUCCCAAUGGGAUUGAUUUCCCCCGUGGAUCCACAGGGAGGUUUUCAAAUGGUCAAACAUCGGCUGAUAUUACUGCUGAACUUCUAGGUUUUGACGAAUACAUUCCGGCGUUCGCCACUGCAAAUGGAGAGGAGAUACUGAAAGGUGUGAAUUAUGCAUCUGCUGCAGCUGGAAUUCGCAGGGAAAGUGGACAAGAGUUGGGCCGGUUUGGCCCGGUCACACUGGACCGUGCCAAUUUGUUGGCUAGGCCAGACCAUUUGGAAAUAGAAUGGCCCACUGGUGCUCGUUUCUGCCUAGAUGAUCAGCUAAGACAUCAUGAAACUAUAAUAUCAAGUAUUACCAAUUUGCUAGGAAACAAAGACACAACUACAAAAUAUUUGAGCAAGUGCUUAUAUUCAAUGGCAUUGGGCAGCAAUGACUACCUCAACAACUACUUCCUACCAAUUUUGUACCCAACAAGCCUACAAUAUACCUCAGAACAGUAUGCCGAUGUUCUUAUUUAA